CCUUCAGAAAGGUCUAGAGUUCCAAAAAAAACACCUUGAUCUCUCAGCUCAGUCAUAUUUUCAGAUUAUUGCCUAUCAUUACUAUUCUCAAGUCUACGACAUAAUAUCCUGACCGGACUGAGUGAUCGGCCCAGCUACAAUGGCGAUGCACAGUCCAUAUCUUUUCUCCUUGCGAGCAAUGCGACCUAUUACCAUCGGAAAGCAAUGCUUCCGGAACCUUCACAAACAAGUGCCUUCUGUUGCAAUACCAUCGCCAACACCAUUUGUCCCAGACGUCCAGACUUUCCUUACACUAAUUGGUCGUGGCAUGAAUAAACACACCAGCAAGCUGCCAUCUUGGGACAAACUAUUUUCCAUUAGUUCACCAGAGCUUAAAGAGUUGGGUAUUGAACCUGCAAGCCAGCGACGGUAUUUGCUCCGCAAAAGGGAGAAAUUUAGACGAGGAAUUUUCGGUCCCGGUGGUGACUUGCAGCACGUUGUCAAUGGUACAGCACAAUUGCGGGUGGUUGAAGUCCCGAAGGAGCCAAAGGAUGUCGCCGAGAGCCACAAAUCCGCAAGACUCUCAGAUUAUGCGGCCAACUCCUCUCCAGGUAUGAGGAAGAUUGUUGUCAACCUGCCACCAGAUGCCAAAGAAUAUAUCCACAACCAAUCUCAGCCACCGAAAAAGAUCGCAUAUAUGAAAGUUCACCACGGCAACACUAUAAGGGGCCCUUUCCUGCAGCCGAUCAAGGGCACCAAAGGCAGCGCAGCUUUAUUCAAGUUACAGGAAGGUAUGUGGGAGGAUCGACUUGGAGUCAAGGUGGAUGGUGGUGAAAGAAGGCGUGCGGAAGUCAGAGCGAAACGGAGGAGCGAAGAGAGGCGGAAAGGGACUAUCUAAAAACCCAGAAAUUCUUGAGUAAGUUCACAUUAGCUUGUGGUACACCUGUUCCUCCUGUUUUUUUUUCAAAUUUUGCGCCAAAGUUUGCUGCAUGUACUAUAGGCAUUCAUGUUAUGCUGCUGUUACUCUAUUUUUAUAAAUCAUGCUCAUGCUAUCUUGUACACGAUGGACUGAACAGAAAAACCAAUGCUUUGGCAAGUAGUC